UGACAUCCUGACACCCGCAUCUACGUGAAUUACCGCUUGGUUUACAUCCCGAAUUAAAUUAAAUGGGCAUUGAAUUGGGGUAACUGGCCCCAUAAGGCCCUCAAAUACCUGGGACUCGUAUUGUGAAUCAGAAUUAAGGGGGGAUUGGAGGAACGAAAGGUGGACUUUAGCUGGAUGACGGGUGGUUUAGAGUGAACGGGGGACUUGUACAGAGGCAACAUUCCAACUGGCUGAAACUUAUAUUUGGAAUGUAAGAUCAAGAUGGUGGUGAUUGUGACGGAAAGGCUGAGUUAUGUCAUACAUCGUCGAUGGUUAUUGUCCUUUCUAAUUUGAUCCAGAUUAAAUAAUGGAAUGGAUAGUCCCUACCCCCUGCUCAUAUCCCCGGAUCGUGCGAUCACCCAUCAACUCCAGAAGCUCUCCCUGUACUCCCCCUCCGCCGCCGACUCGAUCGACCUCGGCUACCACACCCUCGACAACAACCCCUGCAGAUCCUCCUCCUCCCCAUCGAUCCCCUCCCCCCGUCCGCACCACCAGCACAAGCGUUACCCCCCGCCAGCCCUCCAUGCGACCCUCUGCCAACUGGAGGACAAGCUCCUCCUGAAGAUCCUCCACUGGCUGUCGACGCGCGACCGCUGCACCCUGGCGCAGACCUGCAGACGGCUCUGGGAGAUAGCGUGGCACCCGUCCCUCUGGCGAGAAGUGGAGAUCCGCUACCCCCAGAACGCCACCACAGCCCUGAGAUCGAUCGCCCGAAGGGGCUGUCACUCGUCGAUCCGAAGACUCAUAAUCGAGGGCUCCACUGGCUUCACCGGCGCCUUCUCCCUGCUCCCCUUCUCCAGUCUGACGUCCCUGGCCCUCCGCCACUCCAGGAAGCUCACGGACACCAACGUCUCCACAAUCCUCGACAACUGCGUUCACCUGAAGGAGCUAGACCUCACCGGCUGCGGGAGUUUAACGCGCGCCUACUGCCACGUGGGUCCGACGCAACUGGAAUCCCUGGACCUGAGUGACUGCCACAACGUCGACGACUCGGGUCUCGUGAUGACUCUCUCGCAGAUGCCCCAGCUGGGGCUCCUCUACCUGAGGCGCUGCAUCAGGAUCACUGACGCCAGUCUGGUGUCCGUCGCCUCGUACUGUACGAAUCUGCGACAACUCUCGGUCUCCGAUUGCUGCCGAGUCACGGACUUCGGGGUGCGGGAGUUGGCGGCGAGGCUCGGGCCGUCCUUGAGGUACUUCUCGGUGGGAAAGUGCGACAGGGUGUCGGACGCUGGGCUCUUGGUGGUCGCGAGGCACUGCUACAAGCUGAGGUACUUGAACGCGCGGGGCUGCGAGGCCCUCAGCGAUUCGGCCACCAUCGCCCUGGCCAGGGGCUGCCCGAGGCUUCGAGCCCUCGAUCUGGGCAAGUGCGAUGUCGGGGAUCCGACGCUGGAGGCCCUCUCGACGGGGUGCCCCAAUCUCAAGAAACUCUCGCUCUGCGGCUGCGAGAGGGUCACUGACGCCGGCCUCGAGGCGCUUGCCUACUACAUCAGGGGACUCAGGCAACUCAACAUCGGAGAGUGCCCCAAGGUCACGAAGGUGGGGUACAGGGCUGUCAAGAGCUACUGCAGGCGGUGUGUCAUUGAACACACCAAUCCCGGUUUCUCCAGCUGACGAGGUCCUGGGGGGUUUAUUAUUUUUUGAGAUUUUAU